UAUGGGAGUGUGGAAAUAUAGACCUUAUAAUACCAUAUUAUAUUUAUUAAUGAAUAAAAAAUAACGGAAAAAUACGUAUGUAUAUGUAAAUGGAUACAUACAUAAAUGUAUGUACUAUAUGCAAGUACAUAUGUACAUGUACGAAAGCACCUAAAAUGCAAUGACCGGAAUGUCCACCUUUAGCUUUUUUAAGGGGAAUAACCGCAUAUUUUCAUAUGUGUACAUCUGUUGCAACUACAACAGACUCGAAUGUCAGAAAAGGCCAUGAAAAUCUAUUGCAUGUUUACUUAAUUUAUAGGGCCAGAAGAAGAAUGCUGCAUAUGACGCGUGCUGGUGGAUUACCGGUAACUAAUAAUUGCACUUAAUUACCCUCAUAGUUAAAUUCUUAUUCCGGUGGCUAGAAAUUCACAACUAUCAUCAAAUUAAUUUUUGCUUCGAUGUUUAUUAGUGUAGAAUAUUAUUCCUGUUAUCGUGCGGAUUAGCGAGUAAAACUGAAUAUGAAACGAAAAGGAAUAAAAAAGGACAAUACGGAACAUAGUUGCUAGAAAAACGAAUUUAAUGCUCUACUCGGUGGAGACUAGCAAAACCAGCACCAAGUUCAAGAAUGCGUGUAACAAUCAACAUCAGUUGCAUGUGGAUUGAAGCUACAAAAUAAGUUCUCUCACCAAUCGACCCAGUCGACCGACCCAUACGUGUUGCCAUUAUCGUGCUUCUGUUUUGCUGCUGCUGCGGGGUUUAAUACAUACUUUGGUACGAGUACAUAUUUUUGCAACAUGACGAAUAGAAGACGUUCCAGUGGUUGCUACUAAAUAUAUUCAUAGUUAUUGUUUAUUUCUCUGUUUAUGUGGGUGGCCAGGUGAAACAUUCUCUGCCACCACACGUCCUCCAUAGUAUGUAAAGCAAUGAGAAGAUGAGUUUAAAUACGAAGACAGUAACAAACAGAACACUCAGUUCUCGUUCUGUUCUUAACGCUUUCGGUUCUACUAGCGCGCGUUCAUCCAUACACUGAACCGUAUUCAAAAAGGACGUUUAAUUUAAAUCGCAAAACUAAAUUAAAACAUUAGAAAAUUUAUAUGAAUUUAAUAAAUAAAUAUCCUAUAGGAAUGGUACAAUAUAUGUUUUUAUUAAUUGGUGUAAUGUGUCUUAAUGGCAAAGUGACAGAAGCUGAAAUUGAGGAAAAUACCAUCAAUGGUGACGGAUCUUUUUCGUUCCGGCAUUCUAAUGACGAUAUUGGCAGUUUUUACCACAGUGCCUCGUCAAGUCCAGACAAUAUAGUACAAGGACGUUAUGGGGCUCGAAAUCCUUCCACAGGACAAUUGGAGGAAGUUGUCUACACUGCGGGACCACGGGGCUUUCGGGUCAAUGGUCCAAAAAUUCAUCGUAAGAUGAAUUUAGCGCAAUAUCCUGUUCGAGAGGUAGGAACUGUGGAUGAUCCAUUGGCUGAUCCUUACGAUGACCCUUCGUAUAGUUUUAACUUCCGAUCAGAGCAACAAUCACGUACGGAGACCAGUGAUUCCUCAGGUAGAAUAAGAGGUCUCUAUUCAUACUUAGAUGAUGUCGGUGAACGUCAUAGUGUAAGGUAUGCAGCGGGUGCAGGAACUGGAUAUGAAGUAUUGAAUUCUGUACCUGACAAUCCAGCAAGUGUGGCAUAUGCUGCUCCUCUCUACAAGGCCCAUUCUAAGGCGCGCGGAAAAAUGACCACACAACGUGGGCCAAAUGGUACUUAUAAAUUAAUCGCUGCUGGACCUGAUCAUCGCCGCGCAGAAAGCCGAAGUCCAGAUGGGUUUGUGAAAGGUACUUACUCAUAUCUUGAUGAUGCCGGUAUUCAACGCACCGUUGAAUAUAUUGCUGGACCUGGUAUUGGAUACAGGAUUGUAAAAAAUCGUAUGGGUCCGGGAUCACAUAUAAACCCAUCAUUAACUGAGUUUAGAUUAAGAGACACUGACUUUAAGCUUUCAAAUGAUUUUGGUGUAGGAGUUGGAGGAAGCAGUAGUAUAGACGGUUUCGGUGCUGAAAGUGUAUCAAAAAAUGUUCCAAACAAGGUGAAUGGUGACAGAAGGCUUGAAAACACACCAAAAUAUAAUGCAAAGGAAUCAAAAAUUAAUAAUAAAGAUAAUGUUGAUUCUGUGCUUAAAGUUGGUAUACGAAACCAAAUGAAAAGUGAUCGUAUGGGCGCAGCUAGCAACAGCCGCGGAACUACCAGAUAUGGAAUGAUUGAUGGCGAAAGGAGGGGAGGAGGUUAUGAUUAUAGUUUGUCUCGCAAACAAAAUGUCAAUCGAAAUAAAAAUCAUAACAUUAGUUCAGAAAAUCGUGUCAGCUUUCACGAUUCUCAACCAAACCUUACCUUAUCGAGUAGCACCAGAAGUAACAAUCGUGAUCAUGGAGGUGUUAAUAUCGGAAAAGAUUACAACUACGUUUUGCCACAUUCUUCAUCAGGCUUAUUAGGCUUUAAUGAUGAUGAUCUUGUUUCCCUACCACCUCUAAUAACUAAUAGCCACAAAAUCUUGCAGUUGGAACGAGAAAAAGACUGGACUCAACGACAUCGAGACUCCACUGUAAUCCAAAAUGUUGGAAAGUGGUAUAUCGGCCUACCGCCAGGGCAUAGUGUGCGAGCCCACGUUCAGAACAUAGAUUUGUUGCCACUUGGUGGAAGGCGAGUACCAUCACCAUCAGAAGCAUUACGACAAGAUGAAAUUGCUGAUAUUAUGACCUCGAUGGAGAGUGGAGUUUCAUACGGUAGUUAAACCCAGAAAAUAGAUCCGAUAGUAGAGGAAAAAUUUUGCAAUACCUGAGCGUACUCAUGAAAGUUGGAAAUUUAACUAACAUGUCGUCGUAAAAUUUUUUAAAUAUACUUAUGAAAUAAUAUUAAUUUUUAAGACCAAUCAUGUCAACUAAACACUCACUCACGGUACUGUUCUGAAUCCAGAUAAAUUAUGGCCGGAAAACUCUGGAUUAUCUUUACUUAUUUUCAUUUAAGAUUUGAAAUGGCGGAGAUAUGUUUAUUAGGCGAUCCAAAGCAAAAUUUUUUAAAUUAUUUAUUGGCAUAUAUAAAUAUAUUAAUAUGUCCACAAAACAUUUAGAAGGCAAAUGCAUAACUAAACUUUUAUUUUUUGUUAAGGGAACUUGUUUAAAUAAUAAAUAAAAAAUUGUAUUGUAAUCCCCAACCCAGAUGGAAUUAUAUUUAAGAUAAAUUUC